UCACUUUUGACGUGCUUCGCGUGUCGCAAGAGCAGGCAGUCGAGUUGUUCGUGUUGUAAACUCCUGGCGCAAUAGAACUUCUGCGCUUAGAUCGCGGUAUGUUUUCGGCGCACGUGCCCAACUUUCGCAAUUUCGGUUCGUAGAUCUGGUCACUCGAAACUCGAAGAGGAGGGAUGAGUUUUCCUGCAUUCACGAGGAUACGAAGAAGCACUGUGGUUGUGUGUCGCCCAAGCCGUGUUCUUAGUUGAUGAACUCUCUCUGGGGUGUCACGGGAGGACAAGGACUCGCCUUUUUGCUACAUCCGAGCGACGCGCCGUGCCACAUCUUUGACGCGCCAAGCCAAUAUACUGUGGUUGGUCGAGCAAGAGCCUACGACUUCCGCGGCAACCGGCCAUGUUGCGUCGAUUCCUCCAGCUGGGUGCCCUGGCUGGCAGCGGUGGUGCCACCUACCUGGCAUUACGCAACAACCAGUGGGAUGUCUCCAACAUUGGCAUUGUACGCUUUGGACGGGCUGCAGCCACUGUGUCCAGGAUAGCAUGUGACUACAAGUUGGCCACCAGGGGAAUGGACCAGGACUCUGAGGAGUAUACCAAAGCACGCUCAGAGGUGCACCAGCGAUCGGCAGAGCGGCUGCUUCAACUGUGCUGCAUCAAUGGUGGUGUUUUUGUCAAAGUGGGUCAGCAUGUGGGCGCCUUGGACUACCUCCUGCCCGAAGAGUAUGUCCGAACCCUGAGGGUGCUGCACAGCAAAGCACCGGCCUCUCCACUCCCCAGCAUCUUUCGAGUGCUCCGCGAGGACCUCGGGCAAGACCCAAAAGAGGUGUUCUCCUCAUUCUCCGAGCAACCCAUUGGUGCUGCGUCCCUGGCCCAAGUACACCGUGCCACCCUGCGCAGUACGGGCGAAACGGUGGCGGUCAAGGUGCAGCACCCUUCCGUGCUAGGGAACUCCCUUGUCGACAUGGCCACCAUGGAGCUGCUGGUGAACAUAGUGGCCAAGAUAUUCCCGGAAUUUUCUCUCAUGUGGCUGGCAGAAGAGACCAAGCGCAACCUCCCUCUGGAGCUAGACUUCAUCAACGAGGCACACAACACGGAGAGGGUUCGCCGCAUGUUCUCCCACUUCCCAUGGCUCGAGGUUCCCGAGAUUCACUGGGACCUGACCACAAGGCGUGUGAUGACCAUGCAAUUCUGCGAGGGUGGCCAGGUGAAUGACAAACCCUACAUGGAAAAAAACGGCAUAUCAGCCAUGGAGGUGUCCAGUCGUCUGGGCCAGCUGUACAGUGAAAUGAUCUUUGUCCAAGGCUACGUGCACUGUGACCCUCACCCAGGAAACCUGCUGGUGCGGCAGGGCAGCCAGGGACCGACACUGGUGCUGCUCGACCACGGCUUGUACACGGAGUUGACCGACCAGUUUCGUCUGCAGUAUGCCAACCUGUGGCUAGCCCUGAUUCGGCGGGAUCUUGAGUCCCUGCAAUAUUGGGGCAACCAGCUGGGUGUGUCGGGCGAGCUCUACAAAAUCCUCUCGUGCAUUGUGUCGGGCCGCUCGUGGACCUCCAUCACUCGGGGAAUUGAUCGACAGAAGCACACCAAGGCAGAGGGUUCCGAAAUCAAGGAGUUUGCGAGCCAGCACUUCCCGCUCAUCUCACAGAUUCUGGGCAUGGUCCCUCGGCAGAUGCUGCUCAUCUUCAAGACCAACGACCUGCUGAGGGGCAUCGAGAGCAGCCUAGGCACACGAGGUGCGGCCCGGUCGUUCAUCACCAUGUCUCGGUGCUGUGUGCGGGCAGUGUACGAGGACCAGCUGAAGCAUUGUGCCAACUGGUGGUCUAGAAUGGUGGUGGUGGUGCGGGCCUGCUUCGCACAGUCGGCCAUCACGGUGUACCAAACUUACCUGUGGUUUAGGACUAAACCGCUUGUUGGGAGGCUGUUCAGGUCGGCCAAUACGGCAUGAACGAUGGAUGUGCGAGUUCUGUUACUGCUGCAUUUGUCAAGGUUCCCCACUGAACGCUAGAGACCAAGUACGAUACCACGAAGCACUUGUUAUUAUGAGACACCAAGAAAUGGGAUGUUUAAUUUUUCUCGAUAAUAAUUCUUCUCGAUAAUCUCAUCAAGGUUGUUCUCACAUUGUCAGUGCCUCUAUGAUGUGGCUAGUUGCUGUGAAAUGUGAGGAGUAGGGACGUCUUGAAACUGACUUCAUUCGUAUGUCUGACUCAAAAGUAGUAGUUGUUGCAGUCGACUGCAUAAGCUCCAACAAUGGAAGGCUGUUAUGUUUUCUAGGAGAAUCCUAGGAGUUCAUUAAUUUUUUACCUCCCAGAAAGAGCUUUGGAGAAGCCUUGUCUAUUUUACGUCUAAUGUAUUGAAAUAUUGGGACAAAAGUUUGCAUUGAAUUGCAAGACCUAUCCCAAAGCGCACUUAUUUUAUUGCCUUGAUUGCAUGGUAUUGUGCUCUGAUUCUGCAUGUGCAUGAGUAAGGUGGCGGACAAGAAAACUGUUGAACAGUUUUUUGGAGCAGAAAGGGUCAACCACAUCCACCUGUCCUGCUCUUAUCUGUUGCUGUUUUACUGUUGUCUGAAUGCUUUUUAUGAAUAGUGUGCACUGUAAAAAGCAUGGGCUAGUUCAAUUAAUAAUAAUGAGCGAACUUAGGUUCAGGGAAGCAGCCUCAUGACUUCAUGUUUUUUCUCUACACUUGUCUCUGUUAUCCACAUGCCAGCAUAUUUUUGAUAACUUCAUCCUUUUUCUGGUGUCAGAACUCUUACAUAAUGGGUAAAAUGUAGUGCUCAAAGUGUUAGUUUAUAUUAAUAAUAACAAAAGUAAGCAGUAGGGCUCUCAUUGAUAAGGUGCCUAACAAAGAAAACGAGCACUUCUGUUUUACUCAUUUUGCACAUUUUAUGUUAUCUGUGAUUUAUGACUAGACUGUGAGUGAAUAUGCCACAAAGUGAAUAAACAAUAGAGGUUCUCAAGGUGGCAAGUAUUGUGCAAAACAUGAAAGUAUUUAAGUCGUUGAAUGUAGUGUUUGUUUUUACUGUGGCUGUGCCACCAGUCUGUUACAGUAUUUAUUUUGACUGUGCUGUUGAAGAGUUUUUAUUCACAUGAUGUAGAAAAGUGAAGGCACUUGAGAAAAUAUUGGCUUUUUCAGUUUUUCGUGCGUGUGUUCUGGUGCCAUCGAACACAGCAUGACAGCAUGCAAAUCUGCAUGCCCCAUUUGUGGUUCUUAAUUUGUGGGAAUAAACAAAACCUAAUAGCAGCAUUUCUGCAGCA